AGAUAUUGUCAGGACUCUGCCUUGAAGUCUUGUUAAAUUUUGUAUCUUGUCAUGGUGGCAGAGUUCUGGCAGUCCCUGGCCUUGUGUGGAGGUUCAUGCCUUGUUUUUGUGUUUGGGCAUGUACCUCCGGUGUCUUGUCAUUUGUCCCCGCUCCCUCGUCCUCCUGCUUAUUGUUAAUUAUCACUUAUUCCCAUCACCUGUUCCCCGCUCGUUAUCUUGUUUGGUUUGUUCUAUUUAAUGUCAGUGUUUCUUUAGUUCUGUGCAGGAUCAUUGUGUUGUGUCGUGUUCUCGUGGUCAACGUCAUUUAGAGUCUUGUUACCCAGUCAAGUGGUAGUGUUAUCUGUCAAGUGUUUCAUGUUUGAUGUUUCAUACCCCCUCGUGGGUUUUUGUUUUGUUGUUAAAUAAAGUGUUUUAUGUUUUUCCCCGACAUCGUCUGCUCUUGGGUUCAUCUGUUCUGCUAAUCCUGACAGAAUGAUCCUGCCACCACUGAACCCAGCGACGGUGUCGGGGUCCGUCGCAUCGCCUCCAGUCACGGUUCUGCUGCCCAUUGCUGUGCGUCCAACUCCUUACUGGCUGACGGAGAAGACACGCACAGCACUCUUCAAUGCGCUCUGGAGAGCCAUUGCCAUGCCAGAGCCAUUCCUCAAGAGGUCUGCCGCCGUGCUUGGUCCAUUCCUCGGUUUGGCCGCUGUGAGGGUUACUUCACCUCACGGGAUGACAGAGCCCGCGCCGCCGGCGCAUCUGCAGCCAGAGCCGUCUGCCCUUUCCGCGCAGCCAGAGCCGGAGCCCGCGCUUUCCGCGCAGCCAGAGCCGGAGCCCGCGCUUUCCGCGCAGCCAGAGCCGGAGCCCGCGCUUUCCGCGCAGCCAGAGCCAGAGCCGGAGCCCGCGCUUUCCGCGCAGCCAGAGCCAGAGCCGGAGCCCGCGCUUUCCGCGCAGCCAGAGCCAGAGCCGGAGCCCGCGCUUUCCGCGCAGCCAGAGCCAGAGCCGGAAAUGAUCCUGCCAAAACUGAACCCAGCGACGGUGUCGGGGUCCGUCGCAUCGCCUCCAGUCACGGUUCUGCUGCCCAUUGCUGUGCGUCCAACUCCUUACUGGCUGACGGAGAAGACACGCACAGCACUCUUCAAUGCGCUCUGGAGAGCCAUUGCCAUGCCAGAGCCAUUCCUCAAGAGGUCUGCCGCCGUGCUUGGUCCAUUCCUCGGUGGCGUCCUUUGA